AUGUCUCUGACUCCAGGGCGCAGUCACUAUAAUGCACCAGGAAACUUCAUGUACGAUCCUGGAAUUCGUCCAUACUAUGUCGAUACAUGGGACGACCGCAGCCGCUUCCACAAUUUUCAUUCCGAAGCAAAUAUCACUGUGCCACACAAUGCUUUCUCGAGAUCGAUGGUCAGCGGCACCGCUAGUACUGAGUGGAGUGACACCCCGGAUGCAUACAUCUUCAAAAUCCAUCUUCCAGGGCUCAGCAGGAAUGACGUUAAGUUGGAAAUAGAGGACGGCAGAGUUCUCUGUAUAAGCGGCGAGAAGAUUGAAAAACAAGCGAGGUGGAAUUACACGGAGAAUAUGAAAUUCCUGACACGUGUGGAAUUGCCUCAUAAAGCUAAGCUUGAUAAGAAUAAGAUUAGAGCUCAUAUGGAGAAGGAAGAGCUCACUGUGACGAUUCCCAAGAAAGACAUGAAGAAUCAUCAUUACUCCAUAGCCAUUCCUAUUACCGGCCCACGCGGAUCGGAAAAAUUAUUUUAG